AUGUUCGUACCUAUAAACACUAAUGGGUAUGACCCAAUCCUCAUCUAUCUAUAUAAACUCGUUCAUAUCUGUCUGUCUAUCCAUCUAUCUAUCUUAGCUACUUCAUAUCUAUCUCUCUCAGCUUGUCCAUAUCUAUCUAUCUAUCUAUCUAUCUAUCUAUCUAAGCUUCUAUCUAUCUAUCUAUCUAAGCUUGUUCAUAUCUAUGAAUGUAUGUAUCUAUCUAAGAUUUUUCAUAUGUAUCUAUCUAUCUAUCUAUCUAAGCUUGUUCAUAUCCGUCUAAGCUUGUUCAUAUCUAUCUAUCGAUCUAUUUAUCUAUCUAUCUAUCUAUCUAAGCCUGUUCAUAUCGUCUCUUUUCAUAUCUAUCUAUCUAUCUAUCUAUCUAUCUAUCUAUCUAAGCUUGUUAAUAUCCGUCUAAGCUUGUUCAUAUCUAUCUAUCUAUCUAUCUAUCUAUCUAUCUAUCUAUAUAUUUGCACUUGUACAUAUCUAUCUAUCUAUCUAUCUAUCUAUCUAUCUAUCUAUCUAGGCCUCUUGUUCAUAUCUAUCUAUCUAUCUAUCUAUCUAUCUAUCUAUCUAUCUAUCUAUCUAAGCCUCUUUUUUCAUAUCUAUCUAUCUAUCUAUCUAUCUAUCUAUCUAUCUAAGCUUGCUCAUACCCAUCUUAAUUUUGUUCAUAUCUAUCUAUCUAUCUAUCUAUCUAUUUAUCUAAGCCUCUUUUUCAUAUCUAUCUUUCUAUGUAUCUAUCAAAGCUUGUUCAUAUCCAUCUUAAUUUUGUUCAUAUCUAUCUAUCUAUCUAUCUAUCUAUCUAUCUAUCUAUCUGAGCUUGUACAUAUCUAUCUAUCUAUCUAUCUGCAUUAA